GCACUAACCACUAACACGACUCUCCAGGUUCAAGCCGCCAGACGCGUGCUACAUCGAGCUGAUGCGCUUCAGGGUGCGCCCGCCCAGGAACAGGGAGCUGCCCCUGCAGCUCAAGACCACCAUGUGUGUCACGGGCAACAAGGUCGAGCUCCGGGCGAACGUCCUAGUUCCAGGAUUCUCCAGCCGGAAGUACGGACAAAUUCCCUGCGAAGACAUCUCCAUUCGCUUCCUGAUUCCGGAGUGCUGGAUAUACCUGUUCCGGGUAGAGAAGCACUUCCGCUACGGGUCCGUGUCCGUCAAGUCCACCCACCGAAGAGCCGGCAAGGUGAAGGGCAUCGAGCGCUUCCUCGGCACCGUGGACACCAUGGAGCCGUCGCUUCUCGAGGUCACCUCCGGCCAGGCCAAGUACGAGCACCAGCACCGGUCCAUCGUGUGGAGGGUGGCUCGCCUGCCCAAGGAGGGUCAAGGUGCCUACACGACGCACACCCCUCAAGCAAAUUCCUUGCAAUCCUCUUCGUCUUUGAAAUCAGAUUGA